AUGGCCAUAACAGCUUGCAGGCCCUUCGGUAGGACAGCAGGACACACCGGUUUAGGUGGGCUUCUUGCAGCAUGGAUCGUGGGACGGGCCACGACAACUUCUGGAAGAGGCGUGAGCUUUGGGGUGGAUUGCCUUCUGUCGGGGGCCACUUCCAAACUGGCCUCCUCGUCCCAUCAUCAGCCCCAGCGUAAUCUACAUUUAAGCAUGACAUGA